AUGGUACCCACCUCCUCUAGCCAGGAGGCCAAAGAAGCCAGCUCUUCCCGCAACCGAAGGGAGCGCGGCGUCGACGCUUCCUCUGCCACGGCGACGCGCUCCAGGCAGCUUUCAGCCGCGCAAUUCCAGGCUAGGACCGCCGCCGCGGCUGCGGCCGCUGCCAAGGCCCAGACACCAAACGCCCUAGAUCAGACAAUCGGGAGACGGAGACGCUCCUCGACCCUGGUCGCAUCCGGCUUGGUGGCCGAAGAGGACCAGGUCUCCGGACCCAGUGCUGGACCUGGAGCAGGCCCGUCGACGCUCCGGCACCCAUCUGGCAACGUGGCGCGGAUAACAUCGCUCAACCAGGUUUCCGAGGGCGUCUUUGAGUCCGAGUCGCCGCGGUACAAGCGUAGCCGCCUGCAGAAUGCUUCGGCCCAGGUUGACACCCGCGAGCCGAUCGCUGCCGAGGGCGCUUUCGGUCGCGAUGGGUCGAGGACGGUGCCGACCGAGGCGCUGUCGCGCGCGCUUCCGCGCGGUUUCAAUCCCGAUACAGGCCGCGUCAGCGAGCAGCGGACCAGUCGACCAUCGCUGCCCUUCAUCUUCAGCGAAGAUCGCGGGCCGUACCUCUCGCCGCUGUCGAACCCCAUCGCGACGCCGUCUGCGGAGUUCCCCAACCCGCACACCCCGGUACCGGAGCGAGACUCAGAGAAGACGACCGCGCAGCUUCAAAGGAAGGUCAGCGAUGCCACCUCGCCCGCUCAUGUGCGAACAUCGUCGACCAGGCAGCCAGAGAUCCCACCCACGCCGCCGCUUGCUGGCCCCGCUUCGCCAUUCGGGAGACAGCCGAUGCGCCCCGCAGUUGGAGUGACGCAGCGUACGCGUGCUGCGGCUACGGCUGCCGCAGCGAUCCAGCAGCAGCCGCAGUCCGAGUGGAGCUCCGACGCCUCGUCGCCAACGCCUACCGCAAGCAGCGUGGCCGCCGACCUGGCCAGAAGGGAGAGAGCCAAGGUGGAGCUCAUUCCAAUCCGGCUCGUGCACCCUUCAUCCUUUGCCGCGACACAGGCCGCGCCACUGCCUGCCAUCGCCCUGACACCGGCGAAGUCUCCCGAAGCCGACACCGGCCCGAUCGUUCCGCAGAAGGCUGCAGUCCAAGCGAGCGCAGGCCCCGCGACGUCUCAGGCGAAGGUAGAGGGGAGGCAGCCGACUCAGCGCGACAUGGUGGUGAAGGCGGGUCCGCAAGUGCCCCUCGUACGCAACGACCUGCAGAACCUCAAGCGCAUUUCGGCCUCGGCCGUCAGGCUGGGAAGCUCCUCGAAGCCCGCCAGCCUCCGCUCGCCGAACUCGCAAACCGAAAGCGGCACCACGCUGGCCGCGACCGCCUCCGGCCAUGGUGGAGCGGCGUCGCACGGUGUCCCUGCUGCUAUCAGCUCGCCGCCACCGCAGACUACCGAGUCCACCUUCGGUCGGCUGCCGCACGCUCCGCCCGCUGCGCGGCCCACUGAGGGCGCGUCCAACACCAAGCUCCUCAGCGUGGGGGGGCACGUCCUUGGGACCUCGAAGGCGACGCUGCUGUCGCGCAAGGACGGCACGGCAAGACCCAUCUACUCGCCGACGCCACUCACCGUUGCUGCCGCGGUGCAGCAGCAGGAUCGCACCGGGCACGACGACCAGAGAACUGGCGCCGAGGAUCGGCUUGCUCCACUCACGGACAGCGCGCUGCCUGCGUCAACGGUGGCACCACCAGCGCCCCAGUUGCCGCACAAUACGCGUUUCGAGCAACGAGGCGACCCGGAAGUCGCGUCGCCCAACGUCCGCCAGCCUUUGCAGGUCUCUGGCAAUGCUCGCGGAUUCGACGACUCGAGACGCGCCACUCUGGGAGUCGCGCAGCCCAGCGAUGAGCAGCAGGGGCAGGGGAACAAUGUCGGGUCGCCCGAUAUUGACUCUGACCUGCUCCGCGAGGCUAACCGUCGGCUCUUUCUGUACCAGCAGCAGCAACAGCAGAAGGAGGAGCUCGACAAGAGGAAGCAAGGCGAUGCUUUCGUCGGCAUCGAAUCCACCGCCGACCUUGGAACCAAGGAAGCCCCACAAGAAGCGAUGCAGCGACACCCCAGUGGCCGCCGCGAUUCUGUCGAUUCCGCCUCGACGGCUUUCGAGGCUGAAGAUGUGGGUAAUGCCGCAGCCGCCGCCAUGACUGGCGGUACGACCAUGGCCAAGACGCUGAGCGAUCGGCAGGCCGAGAAGCGAAGGUCGAUCUCGCGUGAGGGACCCAAGCUGAUUGCUGGAGGCCUCGUCGCACCGCCGAGUGACGUUCCAGAGGCCAAGGAGCCAUCGUCGGAAGGCAGCCGCUCCCACCAUCGCGAUCUCGGCCACACCGACCAUGGCGACGACGCGGACUCCGAGUCGUACCUCGGCACGCGCCAGACGCAGCAGCUCAUCAUCGACACGGCCGACACGCGCGCCGACGAAUCGCGCGGGAGGUCCGACUUCCGCUUCAUCCCCAUCCUCAACGUCCACGCCGCUGGCGGCAAGAACCGACCGCGAACUGGAAACACGCGUGUCUCGUUCCGCUCCGGCCAUUCGAGAGAUGGACAGGGCCACGGCCAGGGGCGUCUGCACAAUGCGCCGGCCUGCCGCCAGUGCUUCCGCGCGGGCUUCGACUGUGCCAUGAAUCUGCACCUGGGUGAGGGCACCAUGGGUCGCAAGGCGUUCCAAGACUUUGUCGCGGCGGGCGGCCUCAAUGCUCUCAGCAUCCGCGACGGCGUUGUCCAAGACGCCGAUGGCUCCAUCUACGACAACAACAUCACCGUCGGGGAUGCGCUCGGCCGCAACUACGUCGACAAGCUAGGCGAGGUAGCGUUUGGCGAGAGCGCACUCAGCCGGCCGGUGACGCGCGGAAUGAUGCACAACCUGCUGGAAGAGAAGCAGGAGAAGGAAUUCCGCGGCCGGCUGGUAUCCGAUCACCGACCCUGGUCGUCGGACGAGCAGGCCGACGACGCCGAUGCGAUCAAGGAGGUUGCACGGCCGAGCGUCGACGGAGCGCCGCAGGAAGACUACGGCGCCGCGGCCCAAGCGCCGAGGCAGCAGGACCGGCGCCUGAGCCAGGCCACGCUGCGCAACGAGCCGACGGCGCUCAUCGCCCGCAACCUCAAGGACGGCGGCUUCGGACCAGGAUCCCUCCCAGCGACUCUGCCCAAAGCCGACAUCGACCCUGCCGACUUUGACAGCCUCAGCGACCGCACCGCGUCGGACGACCUCGACUUUCUGCCCGACCGCUGGCCGCUGUGGCGCAAGCUGUUGCAGAUGCUCGUGCUGGGCGUCUACGCCUUUGCGCUGCAGGCGCUCGACUCGGGCUACACCGAGGCCAUCCCGCAAAUGCUGGCCGACUUCCGCCCGGGCGCGCCGUGGGACAAGCUCAUCGGUCUCGGGAUGCUCUGCUUCAACGGCAGCCAGGCCGGCGGUCUGAUGCUCGGCUGCUUGCUCGUCAGCUUCGGCCGCCAGCGCAUCGUGCUCGUGACGCUCGUCAUAGUCGGUGCCAUUUGCGUCAUCGCCGGCUUUACGAGCGCGGUCGCCGUGAUGCUGGUGCUCGAGUACCUGCUGGGCCAGGUGGCGGGCGUCGUCCUCUUCCUCGUCGCCGCGACGCUGGUCGACAUCUUUGACACCUACACGACCCGCCUCGUCGGCCUGAUGAUGCUCAUCUUCGCCGUGGCCACGGGCCAGCUGGCGGGACCGUGGAUCGCGCGCCUCAUCAUCGCCCAGGCGUCGUGGUCGUGGCAAUUCUGGGCCAUGCUCGCCUUUGCCGGCGUCAUGAUUGUCGUCAUCGGCAUCUGCACGCGCGAGACCAAUGCCUCGGUCCUCUUCCGCCGCCACGUCCAGACGCUCCGUCGCGAACAGGGGCUUUGGACGCCCGAUCCGCAACCGGAGCCGACGUGGACCCAGGUGCUGGCCGAGGACGGCGUGCGGCCUUUCCGCGUCCUCUUCAGCUCGUGGACCCUCCCGCUGCUGAGCGUCACGACCAUCUUCUUCCUGGGCGUCUUCGUCUUCAUGUACGCGGCCAUCGACCGCGUCUUUGUCGACGUCCACGGCCUCUCGCCGACGAUGGGCGCGCUCGCCUCGACCGUCUCUGGCGUCGUGGGCGUGCUGUGGGCCGUGUUUGCGCUCCUCGUCGUCGACUCGCGCAUCAACGGAGCGCCGGACCUGCGCACUCUCCACAUCGACGAAAAGGGCUACAUCGACGCCUCCAAGGCUGAGCGCAAGACGGAGCGUGUCCUGAUCGGCGCGCUGCUGGGCGCCGGCCUGUUUUCGCUCUCGCUCUACACGCUGGCGCUGACGUCGCAGAUGGACCUGGCCUGGAUCUUCACCGCCUUUGGCGUCGUCAUGCACACUGCCGGCCUCAUCAUGGUCGUCGUCAGCGCGCUUCAGUAUGCGCUGGACAGCUUCUCCCCGGCGCGCACCACAAAGAUCCAGGACGUGACGGCGCGCGAGGAGCCGCCCUCGACGCCGCCCUCCGUGUCGCCGGGCGCUCGGACCAACGACGUCGGGGCCGUCGAGGAUCCCUACACGACGGUGCCGCAAAGGCGCAGCCUGGUCCGCCGCGAGUCGGACGACACGGUCUCGUCGAUGUCGAGGCGCGACAAGCGGUGGGCCAACGAGACGGCUCUGGCGGCAUUCGCCGUCCUGGCCGGCCUGACAGUCAUGGUCGCCAACGUGCUCUAUCUCCCGUCGACGACGCCCUCGGAGACGAUCAGCUUCCAGGCCUUUGCCGUCAUCUUUGCCUCGGCCUCGCUCGUCGCCGUGGCAGGGCCGGUGCUGCUCUACAUCUACGGCGGACGCGCGCGGCAGGCGGCCGUGGCCAAGCUCGACCACGACGAGCGGGCGCGCGCACACCGCCGCGCGGCGCGGCGGCGCGAGCGAGGCCACCUCGAGGACGGUAAUGGCCGCGGACAAUCGACUGGCCCGCGCGUCUCUUCCGCGAGGGCGAGUCGCGUGGUGCCGUGGAUCUCCAAGUGCCUGAGCGGCGACACGAUCAUCACCAACGGGACCGAGGCCGACGCAGCUCGCAUCCGAGCUCGCGCAGAAGCGCAGGCGCAGGGCUACCUGGUCGGCGGCGGUGACGUUACCGUCAGCCCGGCCGGAUCGGUCCACGAGCGCACCAGGAGGAAGGAGCUCUUCCUCGGUCGCAUCCUGGCCGAGCGAGCGCAGCAGGACCGGGUCGGCGGGACCACGACGCCGCUCCGUCCGCGCUCGACGAGCCGCUCGCACCUCCGCCACGCUCGGACCGCUUCGGACAGCGUCGUCCGACCCAGCUCCCGCCAGGUCGAGCGGUUCGAGCAGCAGCAGGAGCAGGAGCUGGCGAGCCGGCCCUUGACGCCCGUCAUGCCGCGCAACAGCCGCGACCUGUCGCGCAUCAACCUCCUCGAGACCUCGCUCGACGCCGCCAUCGACUUUCCAUCCACCACCGCCGCCGCCGCACAGGGUGGAGAAAGGGCCGACGGCAAAUACUGGACCCGCGGGCACGCCCGCAACGCCACCCAUGACGGCAGCCGCGCCCGAGUGGUGGGUACAGGCGCCGGUGCCAACGCUCGCGAUCGCGCCGAGACGCGUCGAGAUGCCGACGGCAAGGGCCGGUUCGACCUGUGGGUCAGCUGA